CUUAUUUACCCAUCAAGCCUAAGGCACUUCACUUGUUCUGCAUUGACCAUAGCUUCUCUCUUUCUUUCCUAAUUAAUCCUUCCAUGCAAACAAACGCUCUCUCUCAUACUCAUAGUGACACACACAGCUUAGUUUCGUUGUAUUAUAUACAGUCUAUUCACUCAAAUUCAGUGUCACAAGUUCUCAAGAUUGUUGUCCGGCACUAUCUGCAGCACCAUUCAAUUCUUCACUCUAUAUUGGAUACACACACUUCUAGUAUAUACCAAGUGAUUGAUGAUGUUGUCAGCAAAAUCUGAAUCGGAUAUCACAAGCUUAGCUCCAUCUUCACCUUCAAGGUCACCAAAGCGCCCUGUGUACUAUGUGCAAAGUCCUUCAAGGGAUUCUCAUGAUGGGGACAAGUCAUCUUCAAUGCAGGCAACUCCAAUAUCAAACAGUCCUAUGGAGUCUCCCUCACAUCCUUCGUUUGGGCGUCACUCGAGGAACUCUUCUGCGAGCCGCUUUUCGGGGAUUUUCCGGUCAUCUUCUGGAAGGAAAGGGAGUAGGAAGAGGAAUGAUAAGGGGUGGCCUGAGUGUGAUGUAAUUCUGGAAGAAGGGUCUUAUCAUGAGUUUCAGGACAAGGGUUUCACAAGGCGCUUCCAGGCUUUGAUUGCUGUCCUUACCUUUGUGGUUGUCUUCACCGUGUUUUGCUUGAUCAUUUGGGGUGCUAGCAGGCCUUACAAGGCAGAAAUUGCUGUUAAGAGUUUGACGGUGCAUAAUUUCUAUGUUGGAGAGGGUUCAGACUUCACGGGUGUCCUCACAAAAAUGCUGACAGUUAAUGGCACUUUACGCAUGAGCAUCUACAACCCUGCUACAUUUUUUGGCAUCCAUGUGCACUCCACACCCAUCAAUCUAGUUUUCUCAGAAAUCACUGUUGCUACUGGCGAGCUGAAGAAACACUAUCAGCCAAGAAAAAGUCACCGCAUUGUAUCAGUGAACCUAGAGGGUACUAAGGUUCCCUUAUAUGGGGCUGGAUCCACCAUAACUGUAUCCCAAACUGGUGUUGAAGUUCCACUCACAUUGAACUUUGAAAUCCGUUCGCGUGGAAAUGUAGUGGGUAAACUGGUCAAGACAAGGCAUCGUAAGGAAAUCACUUGCCCCUUGGUCCUCAACUCUUCUCGAUCAAAGCCUAUCAAAUUCAAAAAGAAUUCAUGCACCUAUGAUUGAUCAGUGAUCAAUGUCCAUUUUCAUAGCUUAUCUGUUUUGAGAGUGUAGCUUAAAAUUGUAUAAUCUGUGUUUUGUGCCAAGCUUCAGAUCAUAAGGUCCAUUUGGUUUGCAAUAGAAGCAAAAUAUGCACUCGAAAAAAUACUUCUUACAUACAACUAGUCCCCCUGAAUCCCCACUCUGUACUUUACUCUUAUGAGCCUUGUGCAAAUAAAUGCAUGUAUGUAAAUUUGUAUAUGCAUAUGCAUAAAAUGAAGAAACAAUUCGCGAGUUCAUUACUGAGGAAAUUAAUAGCCCUUUGCACGU